CCGAGGAUUAAAUUCAAUUAUUUUGCAACCUCCUUACCACCACAACAUGAGUCUCCUGCAGGGCGUCCUUCGAUCCAACGUCGAAGACCGCGCACAUGAUUCUGACGACGAUGAAUGGGUCAACGUACAAACUGCACCUGGAACACCCAGGACAGGUUCUCGAGCUCCGUCUAGGGCACAAUCACCCACAAGAGCUUCCCAGCUCCCUACAUCACCGCGACUGGCCCCGCGUUCAAGCGACCCCCUCCGCGCUUUUCCGACUGAGAUAUCUCAGCGCAUAUUUGGUCGCCUAAACAUAGGUGACCUCGCACGUUGCUCCAGGGUUUGCAAGCGUUGGAACAAGAGCCAGACGCUUAACUACGUGUGGUUUCAGCAUUAUCGCAAGGAAAACUUCCAUGACGAAAGCUUACCCCCGGGUAAGUGGACGAAGCGGGAAUCUAAGCAGAACUGGCGCACAACGUACAUAAAGACAACUUCCACUCGUGAACCCCCAACACCUGGCUACUACACCCCAUCUGGCUCUGGAGCGCGCUCUGGCUAUCAAACACCCAGUGAACGUAACCAAGAACGAUGGCAACAAGAGGACGAGUCACGGCCGAGCAAGGUCGAGAUGCGGGAAAUGUACAAGGAGCUUGGCGGGAGGAAGAGCAAAGCCAAGGGAAAAUUUGCCAAUGGUCCCUCGAGAGAUCGUGGAGGGCUGGGUCGGAGCGAAGAGUGGUGAGCGGGAACACCUGCUGCAGCCUCACGCUCCUUCAACAUAGAUAAUAUAUACGGAUAUGUUAUGCAGUCGAACGAUGUUUUGU